CUUGUCCUCUCCCUCGUCGUCGUCGUCGUCUUCUUCCGGUUCCAGGCAAGGCAACGCAACGCUAGCUUUCCUCUCCUCUGCAUCAAACAAACCCGCUUCUUCUCUUUGCCAACAAGUCUCGGACUAUGAGGAGCAGCCAAACAAUGGAGUUCUUCUUGCGGACCUCAAGAUGAGUCAUACACCAUCCAAAAGGAGCAAUCCCCAUGACAAAACCACUGCAGAAAAGGUGAUCCACGACCACAAGGAGAUGCCCAGCCAGCCGAAUGUCAUUGCGCGGCUUAUGGGCAUCGACGCAAUCCCGACACCAGCAAAGGGUGCCGUGAUCAUCCAAGCAGAAGAAACCAGCGACAUGAAACCACCUAGUAGUACUACAGAAAUCAAGGUCAUCUCGCCUCGAUCUGGUCAAUUCAAGCAAGCUAAUUGGAGCUUGCUGUCAUACCUCAGUAAGAAUGGAGAUUCCAGACAUUGUCGUAGGAAGAUGAGAGUACCGGGAAGAUCACGUUCGCGUCAGCGUCAUCCACAGGAGGACCUGCUUGAGAAGAUCAAGGAGGAUUUCCAGGCAUGGCAAACAUCCAAAGCACUGGAGUGUGCAAGAACUGUUGCAGCGUUAGGGAAUAGUAGUAAGAAUUUGGACGGUAGGUGCAUUCAGAUAAUUGCGCAGGAGAACUUGCGCAAGGAAAAGAUGGCAAGAUAUGGUUAUGGAAACAGGAAAAGUGAGUGUUCCCUGAAGAAUGUUGUGCAAGAAAGUGACUCAGAGAAUGCAGGAAAGGUUGCAGCCGAAGCAAAGUCUGAAGAGAGGGUCAUCAGAGUACGAAGAGUAAGUCACUGCGCAACAUCUGAAAAUUUCAGAGGUUUGGUGGUAGGCAAGGAUGGACAUAACCAUAGCAUAUCUGAAAAGUUGCGCUCACCGGCACGGAUAGUGCUCCUGAAGCCUAGUUCUGGUAUAAUUGUCAAUGACCGAGAACCGUUGUUUCGUUUGUCAAAAGUGAAGAGGGAUGACAAUAUGGAGGAGUUUCUUCAAGAGGUAAAGGAGAGGCUUCAGAAAGAGCUGAAAGUGAAUGCUACAGGUGAGCUCAGCACAAUAACUUGGGGAACUGAACCAAAGCAAUUCGUUCGAGACACUGCAAAGCACAUCAAACAGACCGUCACCAAGGACCUCGGCAAAAGAUUGUCCCGGUCGGAGUCCUUCCGCGCUUUCAGAGGCGACCGCAAACGCAAUGAUGUUACUGAAGGUACAAAACAUGCAUCUCCGGAGCACGACACGAUCGACACGAGGAACAUCCUAGCUAACAGGCCGGAGAGUGUAACCUCAAGGACUGAAACUGUGUCACCAAAGAAAGACGGGAAGGAAUCGACGAACUUGUUUCCGGUCAGAAGUAGAGGAAGGGUCAGGUCACUGACAGAUGUAUCUCUGACAGGCAUUGACUUUGAUGAGCAAAGUUGCACAAGUGAAUGUCUGAUGAAGAACAACAUUUUAUCACCGCGCAUACUUGUCCGAUCGUUCUCUGCACCGGAGUCAGGGAUCUCCCAAGGUAGGCUUUUUCUGGAGGACAACGUGGGCGGUAGAAAGCAUGAGGUUUCAGAUGUAGCUUCUGAAAGUGCUGCAGUGACGAGCAAGAACAGUAGUAGUUUCAGCUUCAGAGGGACCGUAUCAAGCCUGAGGCACAGCUUCAGCUUGAGAAGGAAUCUGUUCGGGAGGAAGACGCAUUGGUCAAAGAAGCCGUCUCUUGGAGAGUUCCACCCUCAGAUGGCCAUCGGCAUGACACCGUCACCUCCUGAAACUUUCAACCUUUUCAAGGUUACACAGGCUAAUUUCACCGAGCUGCCUCCUAGCCCAGUGUCCCCAUUGGAGGUUGGCCACAGUUCCCGCCAUUUCUUCAGCGAUUUGAACUGCACCUUGCCAGAGCUGAGUCCAAAAUGUCCGUCGGAAUUUGAGGCACCCUGCAGUGAAUUAUCAUAUAUGACUGUCGAAACAGCGUGCAACCAAGACAAGGCCUAUAUAAGAGAAGUGCUUAUUGCCGCUGGGUUAUAUGACGAUGGGUCAUUGGACAACAAGGCCAAUGCCAGGGUGGACUCGAUGGCGAGACCGAUCUGUGACUUCUUUGAGGAGAUAGAGGACAUUUACUACUGCCGUGACAAGAGUGGUGAUCAUGACACCGGCCUAUGCAACAAUUCUGGAGAAAAUGCAACGGAUCACAGGGUGCUCUUUGAUCUUGCAAAUGAAGCAUUGCAGAGCUUGGUAGAGACUGCGAAAACUGGUUCCUCGCUGCGCCAGUGGGUCAUUGACAGUACCGGUGUGUCACGGGGGAGGAAGCUGGUAGAUGAAGUGUGGCAGCAGGUGCAGACUCUGAGGAACCCACAAAUGCAGGAAAUGCAGACAAUAGAUAGCAUGGUGGCAUAUGAGAUCCGGAAAUCUGCAUGGGCUGAGGUGUUGUAUGAGGAUCUUUAUGUUGUCGGGAGGAAGAUUGAACGUGCCAUAUUUGAUGAAUUGAUUGAAGACAUUGUGCAGGGUUUUAAUCUGACAAAACCGAGAAGAUCCAAGGAUGCUUACAGCAGUCAGAAUUAGUGUGAAUGGAUGUCCUUGUAGGGUGAUGUAUUUGUUGUCCGCAGGAAUAUUGCAAGAAUGAAAUGAUUGGUGACACUUUGCAUGAGGUGUUCAUAUAGCAGAUCCUAUGGUGUACGAAUUUUUGUAUUUGCUGGAAAAGAGUCGUGUAGUUUUUAUAUUUACUGGAAAUCGAUGUAAAAAGCAUAUACGUCGAGCAAAGGAGGCUAGCAGUAGGUGAUCUGAUGACUUGAGAAUCGCAAAGAACGCAGAGAUGUUUGGAACUUGUUUUUCCUUUGUUUCCA